AUGGAAUUUUCUGUGAAAAAAUAUUGUUGGGCGGAAUUGGAACUCUUAACUGAGUCAUCUAGCGAAGAAAACUUUAUUGGAAAUGUAAAAUUUGGGAAAGUCUACUGGGGAAAAACUGAGCAAGGUCAAGAGGUUACUGUCAAAAUUUGGUUUCGCUUUGAUUCACAAAGUCUAGGUCUUGCCAACCGUCAUGCCAAUUAUAGUCUUACAAGACUGAAGUCUGAAUGCACUUUUCUGACACAUCCGGAUGGUAUGAAUCACCCCAAUUUGGUGAAGUUAAUCGGAUAUUGCUGUGAAGUUGAAGAUCACUACUUGGGUGUUGUCUAUGAUCGUAGUGUUAAACAAUCUGGUUUAAGGGGCUUAAAUGAACAAACACUUAGAUCAAAGGAUACUCUUCUCAACCUCAUCGACAAAGAAGAUUUGAAUUGGAACCAAAGAAUGCAGGUGGCUCUUGCGAUUGCACAUGUGCUUGAGUAUUUGCAUUGUCAUAAUCCUCUUUACCAACAUUGCUUUGUUCACCCUGCUCUUAUAAUGCCUGAUCAAGAUUCCAAUCCAGUGUUAUUUGAUUUUUUCAUGCUAUCUGGUGGAAUUGUUGGUGACAAGCAGUGCCAGGCUUUUAACUUGAAAUGGGCUAUGCAUUAUCUUAUCUGGACUGAGAUGAACGAAGCCGAAUCAUUUUGCCUUUGUGUGAUGCUCACAUUGUGGUGUGGUACCAUUACAAUUUUGGUGUAA